UCCAAACCUCCCUCAACAUGAAGAUCACUCCAGUACUCGUACUCCUCGGCGCCUUCCUAGGCUCCGUGAUGAUCUACCAGUCGGAAGCAGCCUCCACCCCCGCAACCACCUCUGCCUCAGCCACCACCACCACCACUGCUGCCACGGCCACCACCGCCACAACCUCUGCCUCAGCCACCACCACGACUUCAGCUUCGGCCACCACUGCAUCUUCGGCAUCAACCGCUGCAAAGAAAGAAACUAUAACUCACUACAAGAGGAAAGCAAAGCGGCCCAGGAAAGUUAAGAAAAUCAAGAGGAAAAGGGGUCAUAAAGUUCGCAAGCACCGCAAAGGUGACAGCAGUGAAAGCAGUUCUUGGUGGUAG